GUGGUGUCCUCCCAGGGAUGGAGACGGUUUCGUCCCCACUCGGCGUUAAUUAUGCUGAAGGGGACGGAGCUGCCGGAGGAGGAUGCUGAGGAGCGGUAAAGACGAGGAGAAGCGCUGCGGGCUGCUUCACGCCACUUAGAAAGGGGCGGAGAUGGCCCCGCUGCUAGCCCUGGGGCUGGUGGCCCUGCUGGGCUUGGCCCGGGCGUGCCCGGAGCCCUGCGCUUGUGUGGACAAGUACGCGCAUCAGUUCGCCGACUGCGCCUACAAGGACCUCCAAGUGGUACCCACGGGCUUGCCUUCUAACGUGACCACCCUCAGCCUUUCGGCCAACAAGAUCACCUCCCUGCAGCAGCGUUCUUUCGUGGAGGUGACCCAGGUGACCUCGCUCUGGUUGGCACACAAUGAGAUCCGCUCCAUCGAGCCCGGGACCUUCGCCAUCCUGGUGCAGCUGAAAAACCUCGACGUCAGCCACAACCAGAUCGUGGAUUUCCCCUGGCAGGACCUUUACAACCUCAGCGCUCUCCAGCUGCUCAAGAUGAACAAUAACCACAUGGCUUCGGUGCCUCAGGGAGCUUUCCACACCCUGAAGGACCUCCGGUCCUUACGCAUCAACAACAACAAGUUCACCGCCCUCGCCGAGGGCAUCUUCGACUCGCUCAGUUCCCUCUCCCACCUGCAGAUCUACAACAACCCCUUCGAGUGCUCCUGCAAGCUCCAGUGGCUGAAGAAGUGGAUGGACAGCACCCUCAUCUCCAUCCCCGAGAAGGACUCCAUCGCCUGCGCCCUGCCGGAGCAGCUCCGGGGAGUGCCGGUGGGGAAGAUCCCGGACGUUCAGUGCACCUCCCCUACCGUGCAGCUCACCUAUUACCCCAACCUGGACACCACGGAGCUCUUUGACGGCUUCACCCUGACCCUGCACUGUGCCGUGACGGGCACCCCGCCGCCCGAAGUCAGCUGGAAGAUCCGCACCUCCAGCCAAACCUUGCAGCUCGACGGCAACCCGAAGGAGACGGCUGGGAAGGACCUGCCCAGAGAAGAGCCUGAGCGCUUCUUGGUCUUCAAGAACGGCACAUUGGUGAUCCCCCACCUGAGCAAACGGGAAGAGGGCACCUACACCUGCCUGGCCACCAACGAAAUGGGCAGCAAUCAGACCUCGGUCAACGUGGCUGUGGCGGGCAGUCAGAAAUACCCGCUGCAACCCGGCAGGGACCCGCUGGGGGGCAAAGCACAACCAGGUGACAAGAAGCCCGGGGCCAAAGGAGCGAAAAACAGCGUGCUCAUGCCGGAUGAGAGGAGCAAACCCUUCGGGGGUCCCACCCGACAGAGCCAACCGUCCUCGGCAGCUGGGACGGAGGCCACAGGAGAGGGGCGAGUCCCUUUCCAGCUUCCACCCUUCGAGAAGAGAUGCGGCUCCGCGCAAAGCAGCAAGUACAUUUCCAACCACGCCUUCAACCAGAGCGGUGACUUCAAGCAGCACACGUUUGACCUGGGGGUGAUCGCCUUAGACGUGUCCGAGCGGGAUGCCCGGGUACAGCUCACGCCCACCUACCUGCAACCUGAGAAGGUCCACCUCAGGAUGCUCUACCUGUGCCAGGAGAGCAGCCAGGGCCAUGCCUUGGUGCAGUGGUCCAAGAUUGAGGAAGGGGUGAACUCGUACUGGUUCCAGGGCUUGAAUCCUGGCACCAACUACUCUGUGUGUCUCACCUACCUGGGGGAGGACUGCCAGGUCCAAGUGGUCUUCACCACCAAAAAAGAGAUCCCUUCGCUCAUCAUUAUCGUGGUGGUGAGCAUCUUCUUGCUGGUGCUGGCCACUUUACCCCUGAUGGGGGCAACGUGGUGUCACCUCCUCUCUAAGUACCAAGGCAAGACCUACAAGCUCAUCAUGAAGGCUCAGAACCCGGACCAGAUGGAGAAGCACAUGGCUGCCGACUUCGACCCUCGCAUCUCCUACCUGGAGUCCGAGAAGAACUACAACCUCAGUGAGGUGGGCGAAGCAGAGGUGGAGGAAGAAGACGACGACGACGAAGAGGAGGAGGAUGAAGGAGGCAGGAGGAGGAGGAGGAGAGAAACCGAAGGAGCUGGGGAGCUGGAGCGAGAGGAGAGCGUGGCGGCCAGCUCCAUGGUGGAGUCGCAAUCCAAAGCCAACGGCGAGGAGUUCGAGGUGCGCUCCGAGUACAGCGACAGGCUGCCGCUGGGCGCCGAGGCGGUCACCAUCUCCCAGGAGAUCAACGGCAACUAUCGGCAGCGUCCCCGCUGAGCAUCCCCCGCCUCCUCCCCUCCCCGCAACCCCCUCCCUUUCACCCCCGGUCCCCAUCUCCCCACCGAAGCCCCCUCCCCGGGGCACUGGUAGCUGCUUUUCUCUGCUCAAGAAGCCUUGAGCAGCCAACCUGGUCAAGCGGGCGGCGUCCCUGCCCAUGGCAGGAGGCUUGAAACGAGAUGAUCUCGAAGGUCCUUUCCAACCCAAACCGAAGCAUCCUCAGCGACGCCGACCUGUCCGUCCUCCUCUUCCUCCUCCUCCUCCUCCUCCCUCAGGCGGCAGGUCCCCGGGGAAGAGGUUUUGCCCCGGGGAUGCUGGAUGCGGGCGGGUUUUGCCCUGCUUUCGUUUUCGUUUUUGGGGUACCGGCGAUCCUCGUUCUCUCCGCUCGGCAGCAUCACCGCAACGACUCCCGCUCCCCUGCCCGCCUCUGCCCUCCGCUGGCCCUGUGGUUGCCUUCCCUUUAAAAGGACGAAAACGAAAAAGCGAGGGGAGGAAACACGGUAAAAGGGGGGGAAAAAAUCCCCCUAUCCCCAGACCUUUUUCUCUCUGGAAACGGUUCAGUCCCCGGUGAGUUCCCGCCGCUCCCCGGUGAGUUCCCGCCGCUCCCUGGGUCCCCCGGUGAGUCCAUUCCGUUCCCCGGUUCGGUCCCAUCGCUCCCCGAUUUGGUCCUAUCGAUCCGCACUGAGUUUCGGUGGGAGCCUUGUCACAGCCCGGUGCUGUCCCCGCCAGUCUUCGGCGUUAUCCUCCGUUAUCGGCUCCACGCCGCUCCCCGGCGGGUCACUUCCACGCUUCGGCGCCAUCCCCGCCGCUCUCCGGUGGGUUCCCUUCACUCCUCGGUUCAGUCUCUCUACUUCUCAGUUCCCACCGAGUCUCCUUCGUUCUCCGGUCCGACCCCACCGAGCCCCUCUUGUGAACCCAGCCUCAUCUGAUGUGGUCUCUCCAUCGCUCCUCGGCGUUAUCCUCUCCGCUUCCCCGUCCCCGCUGCAUCCCGGGUAGGUUCCCGCCGUGCUUCGGUCCAAGUCUCCGCCACUCCCCGGCGGAUGUCCGUAGCGCUCCGUUCAAUGCCUAUUUUCCGCGGUGUGUUCCAGGGCUUCUCGGUGGGUGCCAGGCUGAGAGCCACACUGCAACCCGGUGGGUACGGGGGCUCUCCGGUGCUAUUCCCGGCUCUUUCGCCUCUCGGUGGGUCCGGAGGUGCAAGCUCCGCCGCUGCCCGGUGGCUACCGAGACUCCCUAGUUCCAUCUCCACCUCCCUCGCCGCUCAGUGGUGCCGCGGUGCGAGCCCCGCUGCUGCUCGGUGGGUACCGAGGCUCGCCCGUACGAUUCUCCCCCCGCUGCCCAGUGGGCACCGGGACUCCGCAGCUUCAUCCUCCCCUCCUCCGCUGCCCAGCGAGUACCGGGACUCCGCAGUUCCAUCCUCCCCUCCUCCGCUGCCCAGUGGGCACCGGGAUUCCGCAGCUUCAUCCUCCCCUCCUCCGCUGCCCAGUGGGCACCGGGAUUCCGCAGCUUCAUCCUCCCCUCCUCCGCUGCCCAGUGGGCACCGAGACUCCGCAGCUUCAUCCUCCCCUCCUCCGCUGCCCAGUGGGCACCGGGACUCCUCAGUUCCAUCCUCCCCUCCUCCGCUGCCGGGUGGAUGCCUGCUGCCAUCCCUGCUGCUGCCCGGUGACCACUGCUGCUUCCCGGUACGACCCUUCCUCCGCUGCCGGUGGAUGCCGAGGUGCGAGCCCUGCUGCUGCCCGGUGGGCGCUGGGACUCUCCGGUACCACCAACCCCCUGCACCGCCGCUGCCCGGUGGGUACAGGGACUUCCCGAUAGGAUCCCCCUCCGUUGCCCGGUGAGUACCGGGGCUCCGCCGUGCGUUCCCCGGUGCCGGAACCGUUCAGUAACCGGCGGGGCUGGACAGCUCCGCCCCCCCCGCCCGCUCCCCGGGGUAGCAGGGGUCAGCCCCCAGUCCCAUCCCGACUCCCGUCCUCGUCCCGUUCCCCCCAUCCCUCCCUGGUCCGGCGGGGCCCCUCGAUGUGUGUUGGGUAGAGUAGCCUUGUAGCCAAGUGUCUGUGCCGUAGACGCGCCCGUGCUGCUGGUGGGGGGGUUUAUGGUAUUAGGGGGGGGUGGCAGUGGGAUUUGGAGCCGGGAGGUGAGAAAUCUCCGCCGCUUCCCUCUUCCUCCGGGAGCCCCGGGAGCGGCGAGAGCCGCGGGCGCCUUUCUGCGAGCUUCUGUCUGUGAAAGAGUCAAUAAAAGGGAUUGAAAGUGGA